AUGGACAGAGUCAAAACACUCAGGGGAGCGCGCGCAUGCGCAGUAAGAGGUUGCCGUCCUAAACCUUGCAUUCUUACUAUCAUGGGGCUCAGCGGACCUUAUAUUUCCGUGUAAACCUGAUUAGAUUCGGGUUGCAGGCGAACCCUCCUGGGCCCGGCCCCUGAUCUGGAGGAGCAGCUCCGCAAUGUGUUUCUACUUCACCUCUCCAAUAUCCUCUCACUCAUAAACCGAGAGGUGGGACCCUAAACAAGACCCCAAAGCCACCUCUCUCCCCUUCCCAGCGCCCCGCUCCCUCAUCCCAGCAACGAGCCGCGCCUGCCCAGUCCUCCCGCCGGUCCGCGCUUCCCAAGAAACACGACAGCUGUUCCGUUCGCAACGUCCCGGCAGCUUCUUUCGCGUGUGUUUUUUGCAGGCUGGGCUUGACGUCAGCGGGCCUUUCUCGAGUUGCCGUCGCGGCGGGUUGGGAGUUGGUGAGGCAGAGAGCGAGCGAGAGAGAGCGGACGACGCUGUUGCCUCACCAGAAGCUGCUUCCCGCGCUGCGCUCUCUCCCCCCUCCCGCCGCCCCGCGCUGCUGCUCGGUCCGGAAGGCGCCGCUGGUGGCACGCCGCUGCGCCAGAACCCGCGGAGUGGUGCAUUUAGCUGACGGCAGAGGAGCGGGAGGAGUCCUCCUCCUGCUCCUCCUCAGACGGAGCCGAGGCGCCGGCAAGAGGGGAGAGCGGGGCGCGGGAUGUCCAGGAGUGAGGCGCUCCCUCCUGAGGAGAAGAUUCUCCUCAAGAGAAGAUUCGAGCCCUCUAAGUGGGAAGUGGGGGGAUAAAGGGGUCUCCUUCCUCCACCACUCCUUCAGCGCUGAAUGAAACGGGACUUGUCUUGUGGGGAGCAAACGAAGGAACCCGCUUCUCUCAGAAAGGAAGAAGCAGCUUCUCCAAGAAAGGCGUCCCGCGGCUGGGGGGAAAACACCCUGUGAAGAGCAAAAAGGCGGGAGAAGCGGACGAGCGCCCGAGAAGCCCCUUUCGUGAGAGGGAAUCGCCUGAGGCGCAUAGAGAGAAGGGGGGAGGCCCGCGCGCGCGCGCAAUCGGGGUUGUGCCACGGAGUGGCCUCUUGGCCAACUGAGGAGAAAGCAGCCCGGCCGCUCGGGCGCGGGAAGGGGGAGACGAGCGCGCACGUGGCCACGGAGGAAGGCGAGUGGGUUGGGCGAGCCCGCCCGCCUUCCGCGGCUGCUGCGCGCGCGGCGUCCGGAGGCACUCGCGGAGCGGCGGGCGCCGCCGUCCCUUCCCGCUCUGCGCGCGGCUCGCUGAGGUAAAGCGCCUCAGCCAUGGCCCUCAAGGACGGCGGCGGAGGAGUGAGCGGCGGCGGCGGCGGCGCCACCAUCCUGCCCAUCAGCGACAUGGUGUCGUCGUGCUCCUCUCCGUCGGCGCCGGGGUCGGUGGGCGCCUUCCCUGAGGUGGUGGAGCUGAACGUGGGCGGGCAGGUGUACGUGACCAAGCACGCGACGCUGCUGAGCGUGCCGGACAGCACCUUGGCGCGCAUGUUCUCGCCGCGGCGGAGCGCCCCGCGGGAGCUGCCCCGGGACAGCCGCGCGCGCUUCUUCAUCGACCGCGACGGCUUCCUCUUCAGGUACGUGCUGGAUUACCUGCGCGACAAGCAGCUGGCGCUGCCCGAGCACUUCCCGGAGAAGGAGCGGCUGCUCCGCGAAGCCGAGUACUUCCAGCUGGCCGAGCUGGUCAAGCUGCUGUCGCCCAAGGUGGCCAAGCAGAGCUCGCUCAACGACGAGGGCUGCCAGAGCGACCUGGAGGACGCCAACUCGCCCGGCAGCGGCGAGCUCCUGGUGGCGCAGCAGCAGCAGCAGCAGCAGCAGCAGCGCAGCGCCGGGGAGAAGCGCGCCGGCUUCAUCACCGUCGGCUACCGCGGCUCGUACACCACGGUGCGCGAGAACCAGGCCGACGCCAAGUUCCGCCGCGUGGCGCGCAUCAUGGUGUGCGGCCGCAUCGCCCUGGCCAAGGAGAUCUUCGGCGAGACGCUCAACGAGAGCCGAGACCCGGACCGCCCGCCCGAGAAGUACACGUCGCGCUUCUACCUGAAGUUCACCUACCUGGAGCAGGCCUUCGACCGCCUCUCCGAAGCCGGCUUCCACAUGGUGGCUUGCAACUCCACCGGCACCGCCGCCUUCAUCAACCAGUACCGAGAGGACAAGAUCUGGAGCAGCUACACCGAGUACAUCUUCUACAGUAAGUCCCCCAGGCUCUUCCUUCCCCGGUGGUGA